AUGAUCUACAACAACAUCCUCGAGACAAUCGGAAACACACCAAUGGUCCGCAUCAACCACCUUAACCCAAACCCAAAGGUUCAGAUGUAUGCUAAGCUUGAAGGAUUUAACCCAACAGGCUCCGUUAAGGACAGAAUCGCUCUUAAGAUGAUUGAGCAGGCUGAAUCCGAAGGACUUCUUAAGCCAGGUUCCACAAUCAUCGAAGCCACAUCCGGAAACACAGGUAUCGGUCUUGCUAUGAUUGGCCGUGUUAAGGGCUACAAUGUCGUCAUUGUCAUGUCAGAAGGUGUUUCUCUUGAACGCCGUAAAAUGAUCAAGGCUUUCGGUGCCGAAAUCAUCCUUACUGAUAAGAAGCUUGGUACAGAUGGCGCCAUCCGUAGGGUUGCUGAAAUCCUUAAGGAGAACCCAGGCAAGUACUUCAAUCCAAACCAGUUCUCCAACGAGUACAACAAACUCGCUCAUUACAAGACAACAGCCGAAGAGAUCUGGGCUCAGACAGAAGGCAAGAUUACACACUUCGUUUCUGCUGUUGGCACAUCUGGCACACUUAUGGGCGUCGGAAUGAACCUUCGUGAAAAGAAUCCAAACAUCAAGAUCGUCGAAGCUCAACCAACAAAGGGACACUACAUCCAGGGCCUUAAGUCCAUGGAAGAAGCUAUCGUUCCAGCUAUUUACGAUCCAUCCAAGAUUGAUGAGCACAUCCUCAUCGAAUCUGAAGAAGCAUUCGACACUGCUCGCGAAGUCGUUGCUAAGGAAGGUAUAUUCAUCGGUAUGUCCGCUGGUGCUGCUAUGCUUGCAGCUCAGAAGGUAGCCGCGAAGCUUGAUGAAGGCGUUAUCGUCGUUCUUCUUGCUGAUAGAGGUGAGAAGUACCUUUCUACAAAGUUGUUUGAGACCGAAUAA